CUCUGAAUUUUAAAAAAUAAAAAUAAAAACUGGAUUUCGUUUUUUUUUUUUAAUUAUUUUCCUGGUUUUCAGCUGAGAGGCCAAGAGCAAAGACUAUCGCAAUUGAGACAAAAUGCUACAAAGGCUUCGUUCCUUCAAACAACAAUAACUUCGACGAGUGAGGUCUAAAGGGUAAAAAUUGAAUUUUGGUCGAAUCAAUAAUCAUAUUUUAACAUGAAAUUUGGUCUCAAAGAAAGAACUUUUGGUUGGUUCAAAUCAUGAUUAUUUGCAAGCUAUACACAAAUACCAACUAUUACUUAUUAUUAUUAGUCUUAUGAGUCAUUCACAUGAGAGUUUGCUGCAACUCGCACAAUUCUGCAUCAAGAAACCAAAACAAAUCAAGCAAAUCCAUUCAAUUCUGAUAACCAAUGGUUACCUACUUCACAACCCAAAUGCACCAUCAAGCCUCAAAUGGAAGCGCACCCAAAUCUUCAAUGCCCUUAUUAGAGGCUACCAUUGUGGUGGUUUCACACACAAGGCUAUUGUCCUUUUCACACACAUGCUUGGGAACCAAGCUUCACCAAACAGCCACACUUUCCCUCCAAUCCUCAAAGCUGCCACUGCUGCUACUUUCCCUCCUCAUUUGGGCACUGCCCUUCACUCGCAGGCCUAUAAGCGCGGCAUUUUGUCUGAUCCCUUCAUAGGGACCACCCUUGUUGCCCUCUAUGCAAGAAAGAAUGACAUUGCUGGUGCACGCAAGGUGUUCGAUGAAAUGCUCCAGCCGGGCCUCGUUGCUUGUAAUGCUAUGCUCAAUGCUUUGUGCACUAAUGGGGACACAGAAACUGCUUUAUGGCUCUUUGAUAGCAUGCCAAACAGGGAUGUUGUAUCUUGGACAACAAUUGUGAAUGGUUUUGCAUUGAAUGGGAAAUUUGGUGCUGCAAUUAAUUUUUUUGCAAAGAUGAUGCGUCACCGGGAUGUGUUGUAUUGUUUGGUGAAGCCCAAUGAGGCUACUUAUGUGAGUGUGAUCUCUUCAUGUGCCAAUUUAGAUGGUAAACCAGCUCUUGAUUUUGGAAAGCAAGUGCAUGGGUAUCUGGUGGUGAAUGGUAGCCUUGGAGUUUUUGUCGGAACUUCGUUGAUAGAUCUAUAUGGGAAAAUGGGUUGUUUGAAUUAUUCUAUUAAUGUCUUCAAAGUAAUGAUUUCCAAAGAGGUCUGCACUUGGAAUGCAAUGAUUUCUUCACUUGCUUCAAAUGGUAGGGAGAAAGUGGCUCUGGAGAUGUUUGACAAGAUGAAGAUGGAAGGGUUGAAACCAAAUAGCAUUACCUUAGUAGCAGUUCUUAUAGCAUGUGCUCGAGGGAAAUUUGUCAGGGAAGGAUUGGAGCUGUUCCGAUCAAUGUCAGACGACUUUAAAGUCGAACCAGUAAUGGAGCACUAUGGGUGUGUGAUUGAUCUUUUGGGUAGGGCAGGGCAUUUGCAGGAAGCAGCUGACAUCAUAAGAAAUAUGCCUUUUGAGCCUGAUGCCUCCGUAUUGGGAGCCUUUUUGGGUGCAUGUAGAAUUCAUGGAGCAAUUGAACUUGGAGAAGAAAUAGGAAGAAAGCUACUUAAAUUGCAGACACAACAUUGUGGUCAAUAUGUGUUGUUGUCAAGCAUUAAUGCUGAGAAGGGAAGAUGGAGUCAUGCCUUUGAUCUAAGGAAAGAAAUAACGGAGGCUGGUAUUCAGAAAAUUCCGGCAUACAGUAUGGUUGAUCUGACAUAGUUUUUUCUUCUGUUUAGUCUGUGCUGUGUACAAUAACUCAAUAAGGUAACAAAUUUUGAUUUCUUCGUAACAUGAAUGUAAACAUUGAGAAAUUUAUUUAUAUAACUG